ACAAAGCUGUAAAGGUGCGUACGCACAAAAAAAAUCAGAUGUAUGAAUCUCUGCGUACGCAGGAUCCCAAGCAUAUUCUCUUUGUACAUCCCAAUUAACGUGAAAUUGAGCGCACAUGCACGAGCACAACACCCCGCCCUGUCUCCUCCCUCAAUUAAAUAAAUUUUUAUGUGGUAAUGAGUCCACUUUGGCAAAAGCAAGCAGAAAGAAAAUGUCAAAAACAAGCAGCAAGAAACGAAACUUUACUGAAAGUGAAUUGGAGGUGUUACUAUCAGAGGUAGAAACGAGAAAAAAUAUUUUAUUUGGAACUUUGUCCUCUGGAAUUAAUAACAAAAGAAAAAAAAAUGAGUGGGACAGUUUGGCUGAUGCCGUCAACGCGGUGGGAUCGGAAAAUCGCACUGUAAAUGAGCUUAAAAAGAAAUGGUCUGAUAUAAAGGUGGAAGUUAAGCGGAGAACUGCUGCGCACCGACAAAGUGUGGGCAGAACAGGCAGUGGUACAGGGGUCGAUGAACUUACACCCUUUGAGCAGAGAGUUGCCUCUAUUGUGGGCGACACUUUACUCUCCGGAGUAGUAUCCGUUGCGGUGGGAGACUCGGAUUUACAGGACUGCCACGAAGCAGGAACGUCCACUGGCACGCACUCGGAGUCUGCCCCUCCUGAGCAGCCAGGGCCCAGUAUGUCCAGCGUCUCCAGCGUUUUCAGUGUUCCCCCCAGUGCUGAGGCCCGUCCAUCUGGCCGUGUCUUGACGCAUGCUGUUCUGGAGUCACAACAGCAAAUCGUUAGGGCCAUCGGAGAAAUUAACAGUCACCUGAAAAAUAUCACUGACGCACUCACAGACAUAAGCCACUCAUUAAAGGAAUUGGUCAAAAAAUAAACUUGGUC